CAUUCGCUUAACAAUUGGAUGAAUGUAGUAAGUAGUAACAAUGAGUUGGUUCGAUCAUGUUGCUCCAUGGAUGGUGCUCUUUGGGGCAACAUUUAGGUCUCAGGCGUAAUCCCAAUUUACCUACUCACAGAAAAAAGGGGGAAGAAACUACUAUUUGGUGGAAUAUACAAUAUAUUGGAGUUGUUCUCCUAUGCUUUAUUGGCAUGGAGGGAGGGGCUGGAGCUGGCUGGACCUCGUGAUAUUAAGAAAUAAUUUGAGUAUUAAAAAAUUAUGAGUCUUAAUGCUUUCUAAAUGUCCAACCAAGUCUUAAAAAUUGAUAUAACAAAAAAUAUUAAUCCAAACAUGAAAACAUGACACAACAGCUUCAUGUUUUUAUGUUUUAUUUGGAGAAUUCAUCGCUGUUGCUAUGUGCAACAUUUUACUUAUCUGUCUGAGUUACAGUUCAUUUGCAGCAACAUGGAGCACCUAUGAAGUCUCCUGGUUCUCGGCUUCAACUUGGAGAUGGUAUGUUGUAAGGUCAUAGGAUCCAACUGCCUAUUGUGUUUUCUAAGAUGUUUAUGUUUUGCUUAUAAUUUCAAUUGAUGCUUCUAUUGAUGAUUGGAGCAUCGUGAUGCUUUUAUGUGAUUAGAUUCCCAUAGUUCACUAAUUUUUCAUGUUCAACUUGAAUAUAAAGAAAUUGUUGCUUAUCUUAUAUUUGCACUCAACGACACAUACGCAAGAGCUGGAAUUGAACAUGGAUGCUUUACUCUAGGAAAGCAUUGAUAUAUUGUCGAUGUGGAGUCCAUUGUUUUAGGAGAUUAAGUUGCAAAUUAUUAUUACGAGUUAGUUGGAUAUCUUUUAUUUUUUGUAAAUGUUGUUAAUAGUUGGAUGGAUGAUGAAUGUAUUUGCGAAUGUAAAUGAAAAUAAAGUACUUAUAAUAUAUAUAUGUUAUCAAUGGAGGAUACCUUGUUUAGGGGGACAUGAAAUUCUUGUAGCUUAUGGUAUGGUGCCCCAAUGUUGGUUGUAUGUUACUAAUAUGAAGUAGAUAAUACUAGGUUCAAUAGUUUUUGUAUGUGGCUAUUUUUUUUUAAAAUUUUUUUUUAUUGUUAUCUUAGGCAAUUCAUCAAGCAGUGGGCCCGCGAAAAUGUCUUACUGAAAAAUGGGCUGGUCCACGUAUCAGGUGACGCAGAUUUGCAUGCCUAACAUGAGCAUUUGUGAGAUUAGUAUGGGAUGACUUGGGACAAUGACUGGAUAGAAGUUUGAUGGGGUGUAUGUCUAAAAAUACACAGGUGAGAUCACACUUGACAUCAACUGUUCGAGUGGUGGGCUCUACCGUUGAUGCCUCUUGGUUUUAAAAGCACACUGAGCAAAAAUGCUUAAUUGUCUAAUUUGUAACCUUUAACCGGAGGGUGCAAAAGAAGUAAAAUAGAGGAUAACUAGUCCACUUUCAAAUGGGAAAAUCUAUUAAUGUAUGUCUAGCAUUCUCCAAUUGGUGUUCUGUUUGCUCCACUGAUUUAAUUGGCAGUUUCAACUGCAACUCACUUAGGACCGAAGGUAGUAUCACUCAACCCAACUCACCUGUUUCGGUCUCUUAUCAAUCUGGUGACUCAUUUUGUUGUGGACCAAAAAAAGAACUCCAACGAUUCGCAUAGGACAAUACCUAAAAUCAUUAAGAGUUGUGCUCCAUGGGCCAUGAGCCAUCCAUGCAAGGGCGCACUAAAUGGACAGUUUAUAUUCAUGAACUAUCCAAUUGGCCUACUAACAUCGAAGACUGGUUCAUUGUGCGAUGAACCUGAAAUAUCUCCUCAUGUAGAUAAUGCUCAAGUGAAAAGUUUUUCUCAAAAGAAUGUUAGUGGAUCUGUUGUACUUUUCAUUGCUCUAUACUCAAAUUCCACUAUCUCCACUACACUUUCCUUCUCUCUUCCACUCUGUAAGCAGCAUGUUCUUUCAAAAAGGUCACAGAAAACAGGAAAUUGAAUCUUGUCAUGAUCAAAUAGACUAAGGAGUCUGCUUCACUUUUUAUAUUUUUUGAUGUUUAUACGUCUUCGUCAUCAACUAGUAAUUGUUGACCCGUUAAGACACACAUGCUUACUUCUAGAGCACUGCUCUUACAGAUUCCUGUCCAAUUACAUGCAUUAAAAAGAAUUUCUUUACUUCUUGAAUCUUAGAAGUUCUAAAAAGUCAAAUUCACUAAAAGUUUUCAUCUUAAAAUUGUUUUUAAAGUGACAAUUGAUUCAUCAAUUCUGAUAUUUCAGGUUGGCAUCCACCCAUAGAUGAAAGAUCAAUUCAAGAUUCUUUGACUGCAACAGGACUGUUGAAUGAUUAAUUUUAACCUAUCCUUUCCAAUGAAUCAUCCAACUUCAAUUGGAGAUGACAACAGAAUGUGACAACAACAACCCAGUACUUCAUGAUAAUUGAAUUGGAGAUUAAAAAAACCAAGUUUCUUUUAUGAGAAAAGUACUGCUUAACAGAAUUGGUAAUGGUUGUAACAUUCUACUCAGCUAGUCUUUUUAAAAUGUUUGUGAGCAUUCGUUUGAAAUCUUAGGUGACCGUGAAACCUCAAGUUUAAUUUAUUGACUGUGUCCAUUUUUUUCCCUAAAUUUCUUAUAACUUUUUAAGAAUAAGAAUUUAUAAGCAAUAGCUUGUUCAAAUUUGAAAGAUUACCUCGUUCUAAAGAUGAGUUCUCUUGAGAGAGUAUAAAUUCAUGUGCUCAUGCAUUGUCCUUCCAUCUCAACUUCCGACUCUUCCACUCCUCUAAUCUCCAAAACCCCAUAUCCAGAAUCCUCUGUUUCUCUCUGUUUUCUUCAGCUCUGCUCUUGAAAAAGAAAAAGAAAAAAAAAAAAACAAAAGAUGGUGGUGUUGUCCCAACCAGCAUUAGAUCGGAUUAGUUUUGUAGAAAACCAGAAGCCCGUGUCCUAUCCUCGCAUUCCAACCAUAGACCUGUCAAAUCACGAGUCCAAAACUCUUCUUGUGAAAGCCUGUGAAGAGUUUGGAUUCUUCAAGGGUGUCAACCAUGGCAUUCCAUUAGAGUUCAUCGAUAGGUUGGAAGCUGAGGCUGUGAAGUUCGUCUCCUUAUCUCAACCUGAGAAUGAAAAAGCUGGCCAUGCUAAUUCGUUUGGGUAUGGAAACAAGAGGAUUGGACCCAAUGGUGAUGUGGGCUGGAUUGAGUAUCUCCUCUUUCAAACCAAUGCCAAUUCCAUUUCUCAGAGAUCUUGGGCCAUUUCUAGAGAAAACCCAGAAAUCUUUUGCUCUGCUGUGAGUGAUUACAUAUCAGCUGUGAAGAAAUUAGCUUGUGGAGUUCUUGAAUCUUUAACUGAAGGGCUGAAGGUUGAACCAAUGAAUAUUUUCAGCAAGCUUCUGAUGGAUGAAGAGAGUGACUCUUUUUUCAGGCUCAAUCACUACCCUCCAUGUCCUGAACUUAAAAGCAUUGAGUUGCAACUCAACUGGUUUUGGAGAACACACUGACACUCAGAUAAUAUCAGUUCUGAGAUCAAACAAUACAUCAGGCCUUCAAAUCUCUCUCAGUGAUGGGAGCUGGGUUUCAGUCCCACCUGACC